AUGCAUAGCAAAGUCCUACCACACUUUUUCAGAACUUGUUCGAAUCUUCGCUUCUGCCGGGAACUAAACUUCGGCGAAGAUGAAGAGGGUGAAUACUUCGACGACGAUGACGACCCGGACCUAACCCCGGCGGAACGACGCCGACGAAACCGGGUUCAUCACUUCACAUUCAAGCUCAACUCAAUCGAGCUCAGUAUUAUUGAGGAAAAAACGGACGAAGACAGCAACCGUCAAUCACCGGAAGAGGCGUUUUUGCAGAGUAAGAUUUCGGUUCAAAAAGACAAACCCGAAGCCCCGUCGCCUCCUCUGAGGUUGGAGGACCGAAAGGAUCCCGAGGGACAGGCCGCCCCGGCAGGUGAGUCUGUCGAUUCGGAAGGCAACAUCAUCAACGAAAGUGAAGGUGCAGGCCACGUUGAAGAGGAAAAUUCGAGCGAGAAAAGUCUGAAAGGAUUCGAAGAUGUGGAAAGGAUGCUGGAGAAGAUGCCUUCGACGGCGCGGUUGAACCGAAUGCUGACGAGGUUUUACUCGUUUGACCAACCCCGGGACCGGGAAGAUGACGAGGGCAGUGACGAGAACGAUUCCGAGUUUCCGAGGAGGAAAAUAAGUCUGAGGGAAUUUAAGGCAAAGAUGUCAUCGAUGACUGCGCUGGAUGGGUUUGAUGAUUCGGGAAGCGAGGAGGAAGGGCCAGGCGAAGGGGAUGAGCCGGAUGAAGCAGAUGAUGGAGAAGAUGGUGAUGUGGAUGCAGCCAUCGAUGAGUUACUGGCAGAGUCGAUACCCAAUGGUGAGGAAGUUGAAGAAGUGAAUGGUAAAGAUUAG